UAAAUUAAAUAACAAGCUAAUGUAAUUAAUUCAUGGCUUUUCAUAUUCUUAACUCCAAAUAUAAUAUCAAUAUACGAAAGCAUUUUUACAUUCUGUUUUUCCAGUUUGUAAAUUAUGUUAGCUACACAAUCCCAAUAACCUUUAAGUCUCUGACACUCAUAAAACACACCGCACCUUUACCACUCUAAUAAGUAUAUCGAUUUGUUUAGGUAUUGGAAGUGUAUUUUACUGGGCUGUUGGCUACGCAUUCGCCUUUGGUCCUGGUAACGGGUUUAUCGGUACGGAUUGGUUCUUCAAUACGAACAUGCCGAGUGAAGAAGUUGACGAUUGGUUCUUCCAAUUUGUCUUCGCUGCUACAGCUGCUACUAUCGUCUCAGGAUCGAUGGCAGAGCGGACCGAGUUCGUAGCCUACCUUGUGUAUAGCGUGUUCUUAACUGGUUUCAUUUAUCCAAUUGUUACCCAUUGGGCGUGGUCUAGUGAUGGCUGGCUGAGAGAAAUGCCGAAUCAUAAACAUAUCAGUUUUAUUGAUUUCGCCGGAAGUUCAGUUGUACAUAUCUUAGGCGGAACAGUAGCACUGCUUGGUGCGAUAAUGCUCGGUCCACGCAUCGGUCGUUUUGACGCUGACGGAAAUCCAGUAACGAUCCGUGGACAUACUGUACCGCUAGCUGCAUUGGGUGGAUUCAUUCUCUUUCUUGGAUUUCUCGGAUUCAAUGGCGGCUCGCUAGGAAGCAUCUCCAACCCUGGGGACGGCGUUAUCGUCGCCGAAUCAAUCGUCAACACCGUGCUUUCCGGAGGUGUAUCUGCGUUAUGCGCCCUCUUCAUCAACCUCGUGUAUUACAAGGGAAGCUUGUGGAGUUUACUUACAGCUAUAAAUGGAGGUCUUACAGGAAUGGUUGCAAUUUGUGCAGGAUGUGACGCUGUUCACCGCUGGGGUGCAUUUGUAAUCGGAUUAGUAUCUGGUUUUGUCGUAAUUCUCGUCAGUAAACUUGUUUUAAGACUACGCAUUGAUGACCCUCUGGAUGCCGUUGCUGUUCAUUUAGGCGGAGGCUUUUGGGGGACAAUUGCAGUCACUAUCCUCGCAAGGGACACUGGGAUUGUUUAUGCUUGGAAUUCGGAUGCCUUUCUAAGUCUGUUGUGGAAUUUUACUGGAGCAAUUGCCAUUUUUGCCUGGUCAGCCGCCACGUCUUUUAUCAUGUUUGGGUCAAUGAAGGCAUUUAACAUUCUCCGAGUUAAUCCCACAAUUGAAGAGAAAGGUUUGGAUAUUGCGAAACAUGGCGAACCUGCGUAUCCUCUGACAGCGUAUGGCCAUGGUUGGGACAUGGAUGAAAAUUCAGAAACGAGAGUAGGCCUACAUUUCUCGAUGAAAAGUAUAUUUACGGUAUGCACCUCAAGAGAUCAAUCGAUAGAUGAUUCAGAAAAGGCGCCAUCAACGUCAAAGGUUAGGCGUAACACAAUUCCGAAUCACAUACUUGAGGAAGCAAUCGGUGGAAAGAUUGACGGACUUAAUUCACUGUCAAAAGAUUUUGAAUCGCAUCCAUCAAUUUCGACAGUAGACACCCUUCCCGCCGAACAUAGGCUUGAUGUAUCAGAACCAGAUGAUAAUGGUGUCAAAAUACCGUUAGAAGAUGUAGACAAGGAUAAGAACGCACUAACGCCCACCGAAGAAAUCAAUUCGGAUCGCAAACAACUGGAGGAACAAGGCGGCAGCAAAGUUAAUUACGGUUUCGACAAAGAAACAAAUUCUAUUAUAGAAAGUGUCUAAAAUGUGGUU